UCCGCCAGUCUAUGACGUCGCUUGACGUUGGCGCUUGUGUGAAAACGUAGUGAGAGUAUAAAACCUAAUAUAUUUACGUAAAUAACUAAUAAAACUAUGUGAUGUUUAACAAAAUGAGACUUAAAAUGUUAUAGUGUUAUGUUUGAGUGCUAAAAACAACUUAUAUAGUGUUUAAAAGUUAAAAUAAGUGAAUAUAAUCAUUGAAAUUGUUUCGUUAGUCAAGGCGUUUUAAAAAGUGAUGUAUACCACCUAGACCACCAGCGCGAUGCUGCUCCUCCUGCUCCUAUCCCUGGCCCCGGCUGCGCUGGCCCUCUACUGCCCAUCAGACUGCUACUGCGUGCUGUAUGAUGAGCUGGAGUAUACCUGCAGGGCUGGUGACAGCAGUGUGAAGUUCAACGCCAGGAACAACGAGUAUGUCAAUAUACGAUGCGAGCCAAAAAAGAACCUGACCUGUUCAGACCUCCCUCGCAUCAAUUUCGCCAACAACCAGACCCUCCCGUCCCUCUGGCUGAGGGAAUGCCCUCCAUCCAUCAUCCCAUGCCUGAACGAGGCUCUGAUGACUCCAUCAGUAGGCUACGUGUCUCUCACGCAGCUGCAAGCACCUUUGCGAGCUGAUGAUGUGGAGCAUCUUGGUGAUGUACAGGAGAUCAUGAUCACUGAUGGACCAAAGGACCCCAUACCACCAUCAGCUCUCCAAAAGCUCCCAUCUCUUCGACGGCUGCGAAUCAAGACAGCAGUGACCCUGUCUCCAUCCAUCUUCGCCGAAUCACCACAGCUGGAGUACCUGGAGCUGUCGGACCCUCAGAUCAUGGAGAUACCCUCAGGAACCUUUACUGGUCUGCGGAAACUGAAGAUGCUCAACUUUUUCAGCAAUGAUAUUAGUGAUGUGGAGAUGGACUCUUUACUAGGUUUGGACUCACUGGAAUCUCUCUCGUUCACCAGAAGCCGUCUCGCUCACAUAGCUCCCGGCGCUCUCACACACGUGCCGAAGCUGAAAUCACUCGACUUAAUUAAGAAUAGGAUCCAAGAAAUCCCACCAGGAUUGUUGACUAACUUGACUGAGCUGGAGAAUGUAACAAUUCACAUGAACGAUGUAAACUUAAAACUACAUUCAAAUUCCAUAUCAAACCUACCUUCAUUAAAGCAACUCAUUAUAAAAGACUGUGGGGCUGAAAUACCGAGUGACCUGAUCAUCGGCUGUGAAGCCCUAAUCACAUUGGACCUCUCCCAAAACCGAAUAACUGGUAUACCGGAGAACUUCUUCAAGGAUUUGAAGAAUAUAGAACAUUUAGAUUUGAGCUUCAAUAAGAUAUCUAAAUUGACCAGUGGAGUGCUAUCGCCAAUGAAACAGUUAAAGUAUUUGAACCUGGAUAGAAAUCAUUUGGAAGUUUUGCCUGAAUUCCUAUUCGCUGGCCUCAGGAAAUUAGAAAAAGUAACAAUCAACGAAAAUCUACUCACUUCCAUAGAUUCUUUAGCAUUCCAAGGGGCUACGGCUUUGCACACAAUAUCUUUAUACGGCAACAGAUUAACAUUGAAGUCCAAUGAACAUAUCCAAGACUAUAUGGACUUAGAUCUCUACUCACCCUUCAACACUUUGAGCGAAUUAAAAAAUUUGAACCUUAGUAAGAAUAACAUAAGCUCUAUAUUCGAUGAUUGGAGGAUAGUGUUGCUCAAUCUGGAGUUACUGGAUCUAUCUUAUAAUCAUAUUGGAGAGCUAUUGCCGGACACCUGUCAAUUCCUAAGCAACAAAAUCACAGUGGAUCUGCAGCACAAUGAUAUAAGUACUGUUCUUUUAUACCAUACGUCUCAACUGGACCUCACAGAUCCCAGUGUACCUUCAAACAAUGUGUUUCUCUUAGACAACAACCCAUUUAACUGUGAUUGCCACAUAUAUAACCUAGCUAUGCGUCUACAAGGCAAAAAGCUGCCCUACGAACCCACUUUCAACGUAGGCAAAGCCGAAUGCAAAUCCCCACGCCACUUAAGUGGGGAUUUGUUGACACAUGUAUCCCCACUCGACUUAUACUGCGAAGAAAUGUCGCCUGAUAUUAAAUUUAACUGUAGUUCGGUUAAAAUGAGGCCUGCGUACAAUGAUUUGGCGUACGACUGUGAUGAUGUACCUCCUUUCUUCCCUGAUGAAAUUCAAAAUUAUUCUUUGAAAUUACGACACCCACCAAAAGACUUACGCAACUUAACACUAAGUCUACUUAACCUAACUAGCAUAGGAUUACAAGAAAUCCCAUUUACACCGUCAGAAUCGGUAAAAGUAAUCGAUUUAUCGAACAACAAUCUCACAGAGAUACCGAUCCGAUUCUUAGAAUCGAAUACGACAUUGUAUUUAUCGAAUAAUCCAUUUGUAUGCGAUUGUUCUUCCAAAGAUGAUAUUUUAGCUUUACGAGCAAGUUAUAAUGUGAAUGAUUUGGAUAUAGUUAGCUGUUCAAACGGCGAUUUGGUAACAGAUUUAGAAAUAUCAUCGCUAUGCUAUACAAGGACUUUAAUAGCAGAGAUUGGUGGUAUAUUAAUAUUCUUAAUAAUAAUCUUAGUGUUUAUUAUAACAUUCAUAUUUCCCAGACAAAUGGUAUUAUACUGUGGUCAUAGGCUCUUUCCGUGCUGGUAUAUCGACGAUCCCGAUACUACGGCAAAAGAAUAUGACAUAUUCAUAUCUUAUGCUCAUAAAGACCAAAAAUAUGUCAAUAAGCUACUUCCUAAAUUAGAAAAUGAUUUUAAGUUAAAAGUCUGCGUCCAUUACAGGGACUGGGAAGUCGGAGAUUUUAUUCCGGAUCAGAUCAAUCGAUCAGUAUCGAAUUCGAGAAAAACGAUUAUUCUUUUAUCGAAUAGCUUUCUCGAUUCGACUUUCGCGAAUUUGGAAUUUCGUACCGCGCAUAAUUUAGCUUUGAAAGAGGGGAGAGAGAGAGUGAUUUUGAUACUUUUAGAGGACGUUAGUAAACAUGAGAAAUUGUCUGAAGAAUUAAAGUAUCAUAUGAAGAUGAAUACGUACCUUACUUGGGAUGAUAUUCGGUUUGAUGAAAAGUUAAAACGGAGAACGGUACCUCAGAAAUAUAAUAGAAAGAAAUUCGUUGCACCGGCCAUUUUAAAACCUAUCUUCAGACAGGCAACUGAGAAUAAUUUGAAAAAGGCACUCGAUGUGCACUUGAAUAGUGCAGGACAAUUGGUCAAUUUAGCUCAAAAUAAGAAGAAUAUUGAUAUGGUAUAGUUUUUUCAUUUCAUUUAAUUUUUUAACAAAACAUUGCCCCACUUUAGGAUUUUCUCCUGUGUCGUGGGUGCGUUUACAAACAUACAAGUUCAUAUGCACAGUUAUUUUCCCAAAUACGAUACGACCUUCAAACCUUCAAGAAAAGGUUCCUUUUUAAAAGGCCGGCAAUGCACCUGUGUCUCCUCUGGUGUUGCGGGUGUCCAUGGGCGGCGCUGAUCGCUUACCACCAGGUGACUCGUUUGCUCGUUUGCCGUCUAUUCCAUAAAAAAAUACAGUUUUAAAAAUGUUAUGCCCUCUCUCACCCAACCUCUCUGACUAAAGCACUCGGAGACAUUUAAUGAUUAUUAAAUGAUAAAUGAUAUUUAUUUCUGUAAGUAGGUUACAAAAUAACACUUUUACACGUCAAUAUUUCAAAUAACUAGAUGAGGCCGGCAUUUCCUAUCGGACUACUCUGAGAAGAAAUGCCGAAACAAACUCAGAGGUCAUAGUCUCUUUUAAAGUCCAGGUAAUGAAAUAGAGGAUAAUGUGAGAGAACCGUGCAAGUUGAUUCUGUAGUGGCCUUUAGAGGAAAGGUAUUCCUUAGUAACUUCAAACUAUUCCUUAGUAACGAUUUUGUAUCGAAAACAUUACUAAGGACUGGGUUGAGUAAGCAUUAAAACGAAUCUGAGUAUGGCGGUGAGUCUUAUUGUAACUCUCGUGAGACAUACCAAAUUAAUUAUUAUGUUAUCGGCUUACUCACGUAACUGUUUGACGAGGAACUCGACUAGUUUCAAGCCACGCUAGAGGCUCAUAUUCAUGAGCAGCAUUCCGCGACAUACAAGAAGUCAUAAGAUGAUAUUCCCCCCUUAAAAAAAAGAAAAGUGACAUUGAAAUGAAAUUUGAUUUUCAAGUAAGUGACACUUGAUGGUAUAGGCAAGGGAUUACCGUUAAGCUAAGUACCUCUUAGUUGAGAGAGAAUUUAGGGAUGGUUCUUGAAAACGGUACUAUAUUUGACUCUUUAUAGAUUAAAAAAAGUCUUUUGGAAAGUCGUAAUUUCAAAGCAUUUAUUUCAAUAAACCCUUAUAAUACAGUAUUCUAAAAGUAUCUGCCACGGCUUCAAUGGGAGGUAGUGUUGUGUUUGAACAUUACAAUAGUGAAGAAAUUUCGUACCCCGGACCAGUUAACUCAAUUUGAGAACAUAAAGAAGUUAAAUAAACAUUGACUCUACUCUGUAUAAAGUGGUUCACAAAUACACACGAUGCGACAGAGACAGUGAAAGAGAUAGCUCUUUCAUAACAAACUCAUGUGUAGAUAUGUUUUAUAUGAAAAAGAAAAUAAUUUACAUUCACUAUUGUAAUAUUCAAACACAACACUACCUCCCAUUAAAGCCGUGGCAGAUACUUUUAGAACGCCUUAUAUAAACAGGCACUUUGGGAACAUCAAAAUAUUAUAGAAAAUCAGUGAAGCUAGGUUUUAAAAUAUGGAUCUGUUUAAGAAUAUAAGCAAUGCUGUAAAAUUAUAGACUUUAAUAGAAAUACUAGGCUAUAUGCGCGUUAAGGUAAGCGUCGCACGCAUCGCACGCAUUCCGUAUGACGUCAUCAGUACGCAUCGCAUGUAGACAUUGCCGAUGAUGCGGUCCGUACGAUGCGGAUCAGUGGACGCAGUUGUAUGAGUUUCUAUACAAGACUAACUAAAAUCCGUUGCGUACGAUGCGGGCCUGUGGACGCUUACCUUAAAACACUACGUAUGUAGUAUAAAACAAAGUUGUUUCAUUAUUGUGAUAAAAAUAAAACUAAUGAGUAUACAAAGACAGUUUCUUCGGGAAAGUUGUAUGUAAUCAUGAGUACAAUCACGUGUUUAAAUAUCGUUCACUAAUUACCAGUCACCCUAUAUAGACACACAGGCGAAAAACGACUUUGUUUCAUACUACAUAAGAGUGAAUUUUUAUUGCAUUUUUUUAUCAUAAUUUUUAAGUGUUUGUUUUGUCGCUACGGUAUGUAAAAGGUAGCUAUUUGUAAUAUAUUUGAGCCAUUAAGCAAUUUUUAUGCAGCUUUAUACAUAUUAUAUAUAAUUUUGUAUAGAUAUAUUAUUUUUUUAAUACUAACAGUUCUGCCAAUCAAUUUUGUACUCUAAAGCUAAGAUAUAUAAGAAUGAUUUUAGAUAAUGCUAGAAAAUAGUCUAAAGAAUCUCGUCCACUACUGGACUAUGAGCCUCCUCUACAUAAGAGGGUUUGCCAUAAUCUCCGCAGGCAGGCGGGUUGGAGAUCGCAGUGUAAAAGGUUCAGGUUUAUCAGAGAGCGCUGCUGCACGGUCUCUGUCUAAUGUGUAGUUGCUUAG